CAGAGGCAGGGACAUGUACCACAAUCUAUCUCCUUCUCUCAGGCAGGUAGAGCACCCCUCUCACACCCGGCAACCAUGUCCAUGUCUUAUUCCGCCCGAUCUGUGAGCAGAGGCUCCUCCAUCGGUGGAGGUGUUGGUAGCGGCGGCAUCUCCUUGGGAGGUUUUGGAGGAGGCCGCAUCUCAGCUGCACGGGCUGGUAGUGUGUAUGGGGGUGCAGGUGGCAGUGGAACACGCAUUUCCGUAUCUUCCUAUGGCUCCGGGGCUAGGGGUGGUGGUGGAUGUGGCUUCGGUUUUGGCUCCGGCUCUGGCUUCAGCUCUGGCUCGGGAUAUGGUGGAGGUUUGGGGUUUGGCGGAGUUUGUGAUGGGGGUGAUGCAGAGUUUGCUAUUGGGGCCAGUGAGAAGUCCACCAUGCAAAACCUCAACGACCGUCUCGCCUCCUACUUGGAUAAAGUGCGCUCUUUGGAAAAGGCCAAUGCAGAGCUGGAGCUGAAGAUCCGCCAGUUCUUGGACAGCAAGGCCUCCCCUGCUGCCCGUGACUACUCGGCUUUUGAGGUCACCAUUGCUGACCUGCAGGGAAAGAUCCAAGAUGCUACGCGUACCAAUGGAGGCAUCUACCUGGCCAUUGACAAUGCAAAAUUGGCAGCAGACGAUUUCAGAACCAAGUAUGAGAAUGAGCUAGCCAUGCGUCAGUCGGUGGAGGCAGACAUCGCAGGGCUGAAGAGACUGCUGGACGAGUUGACCCUAGCCAGGUCAGACCUGGAAAUGCGAAUUGAGGGCCUGAGAGAGGAGCUCAUCUUCCUCAAGAAGAACCACGAGGAGGAAAUGGCAGUCCUGAGGAGCCAGAUGAGCGGCCAGAUUAAUGUGGAGGUGGACGCAGCACCACAGGAAGACCUGACCCGUGUCUUGGCUGAGAUCCGUGAGCAGUAUGAGACUUCAGCUACCAAGAACCAGCGUGAGAUGGAGAGCUGGUUCCAGACAAAGUCAGAGACAAUCAACAAGGAGGUGGUAGCCAACACAGAGAGUCUUCAGACCUCCAAGUCAGAGAUUUCUGAGAUCCGUCGGACAUUGCAGGGCCUGGAGAUCGAACUGCAGUCCCAGCUCAGCAUGAAAGCUGCCAUGGAGAGUACAGUAGCCGACACAGAGGCACGGUACUCAGCACAACUCCAAGGCCUACAGUUCCAGGUGACCAGCCUUGAGGAGCAGCUGACGCAGCUCCGUACAGACAUGGAGCGCCAUGGCCAAGAAUACAGGAUUCUGCUGGACAUCAAGACACGGCUGGAGAUGGAAAUCGCUGAGUACAGGAGGCUGAUGGAUGGAGAAGCCAGUAUCAGUGAUUUGGUCUCUGGCGGUGGAUCCGGUCACAAGCUCUUAGUGCUCACCGAAGAGGUUGUGGACGGCAAUGUGGUGUCCUCCAUCACCACCACAAGAUAACCUGUGUACACAGCAUGCAGAGCAACAUUUGAUCUGGAUAUGUUGAGUGAACCAAUCCAAUCAACAUUCAACCUUAUGAAUGCAAUAAAAAUGCAGACCACUGACUAAAACAA